AUGGUAAGAUCUACCUUAUUUGAGGAUGAUAUUGUAAUGAAUGCAUCAAGCCCCAGAACAUUUCAGAGUCUUCUGGAAAAGAGCUUGCAUUACUCAAAGGAAUUUGAUCCAAAGAAAGCAUUAAAUGCAUGAAGACUGUCUGUUGCCCAAAUUUCUACAUAUGUUUGAAGGAAAUCCGUAGAGAGCUUGAACUUUAGAAUGCAAGACAUAAGGUACAGAAGAACAAUGAGUUGGGGACAGAGUUGGACAGCAUGAGGAAAAUUGGAUGUGUUGCCUUUGAGAAAUUGUGAAGCUCCUUUAUGGAUCUCAAGUUUCCCUGAAAACGAAAGUCCAACUUUUUAAUAUAAAUAUUCUACUAUUGCUAUUAUAUGGCAAUGAGCUAUGGAUUACAACUGCCUGCAAAGAAAUAAAAGUAAAUUAUUACUUUGAACUUGAUGGAGAAGCACGUGGUAGAUGUGAACAGUGUGCAACAUAUACCCAAAGAGGAACAUUAAAUAAGAACAGGAAUAAAAGAUAUCAUCAAAGAAUUAUAUGCUAGAAGGAGAAGGUGCGCUUAGUAAUUGCUGAAAAGAAACUGAAGUGUGAGGAACAUGAUGUAAGUCUGCCCCUGAGUGAACACAACGAACCAUGGUUUAUGCGUUUGAACUCUUCUGGAGAAGUGCCUGUCCUUAUCCACGGGGAAAACAUUCUUUGUGAGGCAACUCAGAUCAUUGAUUAUCUUGAACAGACUUUCGUGGAUGAAAAGACACCCAGGUUAAUACCUGAAAAAGAAAGUAUGUAUUACCCACGAGUCCAGCACUACAGAGAACUCCUUGACUCUUUGCCCAUGGAUGCCUAUACACAUGGCUGCAUCUUACACCCAGAACUAACAGUGGACUCCAUGAUCCCUGCUUAUGCAACAACAAGGAUUCGCAGCCAAAUAGGUAAUACUGAGUCUGAACUGAAGAAACUUGCUCAAGAAAAUCCAGACCUUCAGGAUGCAUACAUAGCAAAGCAGAAACGUCUUAAAUCAAAGCUACUGGACCAUGACAAUGUAAAAUAUUUGAAGAAAAUACUUGAUGAGCUUGAGAAAGUUUUGGAUCAAGUUGAAACUGAAUUGCAAAGGAGAAAUGAAGAAACCCCAGAGGAGGGCUGCCAGCCUUGGCUCUGUGGUGAAUCUUUCACAUUGGCAGAUGUAUCGCUUGCUGUCACAUUGCAUCGACUGAAGUUCCUGGGGUUUGCAAGGAGAAACUGGGGAAAUGGAAAGCGACCAAACUUGGAAACCUAUUACGAGCGUGUCUUGAAGAGAAAAACAUUUAACAAGGUUUUAGGACAUGUCAACAAUAUAUUAAUCUCGGCAGUGCUGCCAACAGCAUUCCGGGUGGCCAAGAAAAGGGCCCCAAAAGUUCUUGGCACCACCUUUGUGGUUGGUCUGCUUGCAGGAAUGGGAUAUUUUGCUUUUGUGCUUUUCAGAAAAAGAUUUGGCAAUGUGUUUUUAGCACUGAGAGCAAGACAAAAUUAUUUCUAGGCUUGUGCUGUGUUGGCUAUGGCAAACGAUGUGGCCUUUCCAAUUGACACUUGCCUCUCUCCUAGGGCUGGUAAAGAAUUAUCCCAAAUAAGCAGGAAAAUGUGCUGAUUUAAUUUCCUUUACUCUCUGGCUAGCUCAUAAGUUGAGGUCAAGCUAUAGAAUUUUUUUUUUUUUGGUAAAUUUUGAGUACUUGUUUGAAUUAAAACAUCUUUAAAAAGAUGGGCAAGGUGAAUUUAUAUAAAAGAUAUCUUAUACAGCUAGACCAUUGUUUCAAGAUUGCAAUUUCCCCUUGCUACAUAAAUAAAAAGAUGUGCUGCUGAAUUAUUUAUGGUGUUAAUUAUUGUAAGCAGCCAAUAGUAGCAAUCUGUGCUUGCAUGCAUUUCUUUAUCUAAGCAUUGCAAAGUGCUUUCUGAACCUGAUCUCAUUGGUUCUUGCAAUAUCACAUGACGUCAGUGAACAUUAUCCAUACAAACUAGAAAUUCACUCCAGUGCUCUAGGCCAGUGGGCAUCCAUCUCCUUAGCUUGGAAGGUCAUCAGGCAUGCUAAUGAACACUCAUUUGUACCUUUUUUGUCACUGGCAGCCUUAAGGAAGAAAUAGGACAAGAGGGAAAAAAGAAGAGGAAAUAAGAGGAAAAGAGAAGAAAAGAUACAAAUGCCACCAUGUGGAAUGUUGGGACAAGCAACUUAUUCUCAUAUUAGUCCAUUGGGGCCAUAAGUUGCUUGUUUCCUUGCUAAAUAAUACGUUUACUGAGAUGUCUCACUGGAGCUCUUGGGCCUCUGAUAGGAAGCAUGAAAGUAUUUCUUGAAGGUAGUGGUUUGGAGAAAAGCCUGAAAUUUACCUCUACACCAUUACAUUUAAAUCUGGUUGGUUUUUUUAAAAAAUACAUUUGAAUCUUUAUAAUGUCAAUUGCUUUUCCAGUUGGAAAUUUGGCUAAGAUUACCAAACAGAAUAUAUUCUUCUUGCCUAGAAAAACAGUGGAACAUGUCUGUUUAAGGUUUAUAUUGCCAUUAGUGAUGAAGCAAAGUAUUCUUAUUUUCCAAACUUGAACGUAAGAGAGGCUUAGGGAAGUUUCUUGGUUUUUCUUGUGUUGGGUACCAUGAAUGAAUGAAUACAAGAAACCUGAACUGCAGUAAGCUUCAAUAUUCAGAAAGGGGCAGCUUGGUGUAAUGGAAUGAGUUGUGGGCCUGGACUUAAAAGACUUCGGGUUUUGUCUUUGCUUUGCCAUUAACUUAGGAAAAUCUUUUAACCUCUCUGAGCCCCAAUUAUCUCAUCUUUAAAAAGAAGGGAUAAGACUAGAUGAUCUUUAUGGUCCUUUCUGGCUCCAAAGUUUCUGUGAAAAACUUGUCCCAUGUCAGCCUCAGGCUGGCUGUGUAGAUAGAAACGGCCAAAGAAAAUGCCCUCAUUCCUCUCUCUUCCUUUUCUUUAAUAGGAAACAGUCAUACCUAGAAAACAAUAACUUGUUGUCAAUGGUAAAAAACCAACACAUUUCUGUAAUUCCAUGGCAUGAUCCAACAGUUGUGGAGAUCUUGAUGAACUGGAUGCGCUCCGUUUAGAAAAACUGAAUGAUGUCUGCCGAGUAAACUUAAUCCAACAAUAUUAACAUGCUGGCAGCUUUGAUUAUGUUUGUGCUUUGUAUCGAAAUGUACUAUGCUGUGGUGUAUCUGCACUGAUUCGCCUCUGGAAAAUCUCACUGCAUGUAUUUAAAACCCAUCAUUGUAGGCAUUAGUAAGUUGUUUAUGGUAUUUCCUGGCUACUCAGGUCACUGUUAUGUUAAAAGGGGGAACUUCAGAAUGGCAAAACAAAAUUAAAGACAGGAGGAAACUUUCACUGAAAAAAAUUUCUUGGCUAGGGCACAGAGUAGUAGUUUGGUACAGGGUAGUCUUCCAGUUUUUAUUAUUAGUACAGCAAAGACAAGACCAAUAAAGUUUUAUGAAAAACUUUUAGUCCUUCACGUGCAAAGGUAAUGCCAUGGGCCCCCCUAUCUGGGAUGUCACUUGAUAUAAGUUGUAAAGUAACUUUUUCACUGAUUAAAAUAACCACAAGAUGUCGCUCUUUAUCUAGGACUACUCAACUAUUAUGGGUUCAGGAUAGAUAAAAGAGAAGCACUGGUUUCCCUCGUACCCACCUGGUGGACAUUUCCAUGAGGUCAGUCUACUAGGUGACCGCAAGUGCUAUUCAUUUCUUAUUGCUAUAGAAAGGCACUUCCACACUGGAAAGUCCAGAGUUGUACUGCACAGCUGCUGUACCCAACACCUGCUAUCUAUAUGAAUUGUUAUUAGAAUACCCUUGGUUGCCAGAUAUUCUCUUUACAUGUUCCUGUUCGUGAUCAUGAGCCUGGCUUAAUUGGUUCACAAUACACAUUGCUGAGUCACCAAUUUUUUUUUUCAAUUUCAAAAAAGUCCUGUAAAGCUUAAAAGUUGAAAAAUAUUGAAAACACUAAGAAGGAACUUCAUCUUAGGUUGGUUGCUGAAAUCUUAUGACUAUAAUCUCGUUUUCUUACUUUUGCAGUUCCACAUGGUUUGGUUCUGUUUUUUAAGUUCUUGUGCAACUUUUGGUGAUUCUGAGUGCUGAUGAUAACUUGUGGAUUAGAUACAAUCCUCAGUCACUUUUAUUUCUGUUACCACCUUGAUUGAACGCAACAUAUAAACAGAAAUAUAGAUUCAAGAUUAUAUUCUCAAUGUAACCCCUCUAAGUGUAAUUGGCAAAUAAACAUGGAUUUUAAAGCAAAAA